CCUCCCUCCCUCGUCUCUUCUUUCCCUCCCUUUGCAUGUGUUCAUCUGCUCCAGCUGUCGGUCUCGCCGCUCCCUCUCAGGGUCACACAGGCAGGAGUUUAAAGGACCACUCUGGAGCGCCAGCUCAUCCUGGACCAGCGCGGCCGGACACACAGGUCUGAGGCACACUCACAGACCCAGCAGACCAGGCUUCAAUACCACUCCUUGACUGUGCAUCUCAGCUUCACCUCGCUGCCACCUGGCUUAUAGUUGUGUGUGUUCGUGUGUGUGUGUGUUUUUUACUUGCAGUCCGGCCCCACUGCCCAUCAGUUAGUGUAUUAGCAUGCAGGCUGCUUGUGUGUCAAAUCUGUGUGUGUGCAUUUGUGUGUCAGUGCUCCUCCACAGUGUACUUUCACAGUUGCAGAGAGAAACUGACACCUACACGGAAUGCACAGAUGGGUAUCACUGGGACCCUCAAACUGACCACUGCAGAGACAUAAAUGAGUGUGAGACCAUUCCUGAUGCCUGCAAAGGGGAAAUGAAGUGCUUCAACCACUAUGGGGGUUACCUGUGCCUCCCUCGCUCGGCGUCGGUCAUCGCCGCUUCAGAGUCCCCCAUCGCUCCCACGGUGCCCUUUAACCCCUGCCCUGUGGGCUACGAGUCGCAUGGAGACAGCUGCGUGGAUGUGGACGAGUGUGUGCGACAUGAACACGACUGCCAGCCCAGCCAGGAGUGCAUCAACACUCUGGGUUCCUUCACCUGUCAGUGCCCCAGAGGUUACAGGAAGGUUGGCAUGGAGUGCAUUGACAUUGAUGAGUGCAGGUACAGGUACUGCCAGCAUCGCUGCGUGAAUGUCCCCGGUUCCUUCUCCUGUCAGUGUGAGCCCGGGUUCCAGCUGGCGGGAAACAACCGCUCCUGCAUCGAUGUGAAUGAGUGUGAGAUGGGCGCCCCUUGCUCCCAGAGAUGUUACAACACGUACGGCACUUUUUUGUGUCGCUGCGAUCAGGGCUACGAGCUCGGCCAGGACGGUUUCACUUGUAAUGACAUCGACGAGUGCAGCUUCUCCAGCUACUUGUGCCAAUUCCAGUGUGUUAAUGAACCCGGGAAGUUCUCCUGUGUGUGUCCAGAGGGAUACCAGCUGCAGGGCACCAGGACUUGCCAGGAUAUAAAUGAAUGUGAAACAGGUGAGCACCAGUGCACAGACACACAGACCUGUGUGAACAUCCACGGGCGGUACCAGUGUGUGGACAACGAUCGCUGCCAGGACCCCUACGUUCAAGUGUCUGACAACCGCUGUGUGUGUCCCAUCAUUAACCCCGUCUGCCGAGACCUGCCUUUCUCUGUGGUCCACCGCUACAUGAGCAUCACCUCAGAGCGCACGGUCCCCUCAGACGUCUUCCAGAUCCAGGCCACCAGCGUGUCUGUGGGGGCUUACAACACUUUUCGCAUCCGUUCUGGGGACGACAACGGCGACUUUUACAUCAGGCAAAUCAAUAACCUUAGCGCCAUGCUGGUGCUGGCCCGCUCUGUGUCAGGGCCCAGAGAAUACACGCUGGACCUGGAGAUGGUUUCCAUUAACCCCCUGCUCAACUACCAGGGCAGCCACCAAAGCAGCUCCGUCCUCAGACUCUCUAUCUACGUCGGGCAGCACGCUUUUUAAAAAAAAAAAAACAGGAGCAGAGUGGCGUAAAAUGGAUCCAGAAGAAGCUCAAUGCAGUUCAACCAAUCACUGUGAUGUUACAUUAUUAACUUUUUUAUCUGUAAUCAUCUUAAGAAAGGUUUCUGUCAGUCCCUAGUUUGUGUAAAUAUAUUCACAAAAAUAUAUUUUAUCCUGAUGUUUUCCUGUCACACAGAUGAAAAGUAGUUUUUUUUGUCCACCUCUUUGUUUAUUUUUUCUGCUUUUUUUGUGUAUUUUGUGCUUCUCACCUAACCUGGCAGGAUCAUUAGGAGCUCAGUGGGGUUUUCAUUUGUCCAGGUGAAAGCAGUCUGUGUGACAUCCUGUCUGCCUUCAGGUGAAAGAUCAAUGAUUUGAGUCAGCAGAUUGAUUUGUUUUCAUUUGUUUCAAUCCCGAUUAAUUGUUUUUCCUGUUGACGCUUCACUCAGUAACCACUCACACCAGACCUCAGUGCUCACGCUCUGCUUUCAGCCUCCAGUUGUUCUUUGCAUUGCCACCUGACGUCACUUUGCGUCAUAAAGUGUUCUAAAACCAAUCAAAUAUUUACCUUUUCAUUAAAGUUAUUUUUAUAAAUGAACAUCCAACAUGUUCGCACUGCCAAGGAUUGUUACUUUUUUCUGUUAAUUUCACAAUAAAAGUUUCUUUUUUUUGCUCUUAAA